AUGGAUGGCCAUCUUAGAACAACCGAAUAAGUGAGACUUUGGAAUUAGGUGAGAGUUUAUUAAUGUUAAAUAUAAAAUUGUAAACUAUUAUUAAAGAAUUAAAAACCAUUUAAAUUUGUGAUUAUAGAACAUGAAUUAAAUCAUGUCGAAAUUUUUAAAACCAGAAUCAGAAGGAUCGGAUCUCAACCUUAAAAUGAAGGCUCAAAGUUCUUGUAAGGAGAAGAAGAAAAUGAAGUAGAAGAAAAACUGGCUCCAAAGAAUGAAGAACCAAAAAAUAUUAAAAAAAUAAACAAAAAAAAAUUAAAAAUAAAAAAAAUGAUUCUGAAGAUGAAUUAGAUAAAAUACUAGCAUCUAAGGCACUGUAAGAAUAAGAAUUGGAUGAAGAGGCAAAAAAAGAUAGCUGAAAAAAGAAGAAAAAAAAGUAAAAUAGGCAGAAAAGAAGAAAAAUUAGCCAUAACCAUAGCCAUAGUAAUAAGCAUAGAUCCUUGAA